CCAAUAUCGUUGGUGUGACACACUUUAGCAGUGUCUGGAGAAAGAUCUGGAGGGGCUAUCUGCCACUAAUUGCUGACACACAUUAUUUGCCUAACGAGCGCGAAAAAAAAGAGCAAAGGCCAUCAAAGUCUAACUAAUUUAAUGAUCAAAAGUUAUACAUUUUUUUGCUCUUUCGGCGGCAGCCGCUGAGCGGUGUUAAUUGAAAGUGUCACGCGUCGUCUAAAUUAUAAAAUUCCAUCGACUGUGACUCCGGUCGUCUAUGUGAGUGAGUUUUCCGCGAGUGUUUUCCGCAAUGUGGCCCGGAGUAGCGGCCGUCUACUGGCUAAUUUUGGCCAUAUCCUCGAGGGCGGCACAGGCGGCCACACCCUAUGCCAAGGAGUACCGCAGUGCGGGUGUCUUCAAAGGCAACACCCUGGUCGAUUUGGAAGGAUCCACCACCCUGGACAUGGGCGGGGAGAAGCCCACCAGCAGCAGCCAGAAUGCAGGCUUCAAGUCGGAGUCAUCGGUGAUACUGCCUGGAAUGCACGUGAAUACAGGCUGCCCGGCUUCCACCAGCUCCCACUGCCUGCGCUGCAACAAGGCCGGCUGCAUCAAGUGCCCCAUGUACCUGGUGACGGAUACGCGGCAGUGCGUGGACCAGUGCCCCACCGGCUAUUUGGAUCAGUGGUCCGCCCACACGGAGUUCAUGGGACGGGUGUGCGUGCCCACCGGAUAUUCCGGCCCGUUGAUGGCCGCUCUGGCCGGACUGCUGGGCGGUUUCCUGGUCUGCCUCUCCCUGUUGGCCGUGGCCGUGAUGCUGGUGAAGAGGAAGCGCCGGCGGAAGUCCGUCAAGCAAAAGCUCAUCAACGAAAACACCAUGGACAGGGCUGACUUCUUGCGGCAACUCAACGAGAUGCGUCCGAACGCCGAGCACUUCCUGGCCAUGCUGAACGACACGCGGCGGCAAAUCCGCAAGCUGUAUCUAUCCGGCGAGGUGGCUGCUGCCAACUCCUAUCGGCCCAUUGUGCGGGAUCUGGCCAAGCUGCUCAUCCUGCUGAACAGGCCGAUGGAGCUGAUACCUGCUCCACCGCCGGACUGGUCCCGGCUACAUGCCUGGUCGGAGCAGGCCUUGGAGCGGUACAAGCCGCAGGUGGGCCAGCUGAUUGACUUCUUCCAGGCCUCGCACGCCGCCAAUGGCCAUCAGGAGGUCCUGUACGCAGCUCCUGCAAAGAAGAAACAGCAGCAGCAGCAGCCCAGCAUCUUCCGGCAGCAGGUGACGCCGACGGCGAUGCCCCAGGGAGUGGGCGAGCUGAUGGCAGGAGACCGGAGUAGCAGUGCGUCGGCGCAGCAGAAACUGCAUCUGUUCGGGUCACUGAUCAGCCUGCACGAGUUCGAGGAGCCGAGGGCUUCCGAUCCGUUUGGAAGCAGCUUCAACACGCUGAAGAGCGGCAAUCUCAUUUCAGAUCUCAACGCCAGCUCGCUCUGGCUGGAGGACGAGUUCUACAAGCUGGGCUUCCGACCGCAGGACGAGAUCACCACGGAGCUGUGAGCUGUCCCAGACUCAAACUUAAUGCAAAAGUAGUAUUAUCCCGGUUGACGGCGCUAAGCGUCUGCCAUUAACGCCAGUUCAGCCGGGAAAAGGAGCAUUGCGUGCACAUUCCGCCAGGCCAUCAUCAUCAUCAUCAUCGAUCAAACCGAGACGCCAUUUAGCUGGAGCCGCUAAAUGCCCACGUUUAGAGUUAGUUAGAUCAGUUAAGCAAGCAAACUAGUCACGUAAAAUCACAAACAAAACCAUCAACACAAAACGAUGCCGCCAAGGAGCCGAGGAGGAGCAGGAAGCAAAUGGAAAUGGAAAUCGAGUGGAAAUGAAUUUAGUUUUAUGGAUUUUACAAAAAUCGCAACAAUCAUGUAACGAACAAUAUUCAAUAUACACACUAUAUAGAUACUAUCCAGAUAAUAGUUAAGAUGUUUAGCUUUAGAGAAGCGAUACUUAUAGCUAUAGCUUAAAUAGACAGAGAUUAUAAAGCUUAGUGAAUAUGAAAUGGAUAAUAAAAUCGUGUGCCUUAAGAGUGUAAAA